GGCGUCACUACGGAGCAGUAACUUGUGAGGGAUGCAAAGGAUUCUUUAAAAGGAGUAUACGGAAGAAUUUAGUAUAUGCGUGCCGAGGAACAAAAGACUGUGUCAUUAACAAACACCACCGGAACCGAUGUCAGUACUGUAGGCUGCAGAGAUGCAUCGCGUUUGGGAUGAAACAAGAUUCUGUGCAGUGUGAGAGGAAACCUAUUGAAGUGUCAAGAGAAAAAUCUUCCAACUGUGCGGCUUCUACAGAAAAGAUCUACAUUCGGAAAGAUCUUCGUAGUCCAUUAGCUGCAACUCCAACCUUUGUAACAGACAAUGAAACCGCAAGAUCAACAGGUCUGCUGGAAUCGGGAAUGUUUGUUAACAUCCAUCAGUCUGCCAUGAAAAAUGAGCCUACUGUGCUGAUGACUCCGGAUAAGGUUGAAGCAUGCCAGGGAGAUUUAAGUACACUGGCAAACGUGGUGACUUCAUUAGCAAAUCUCAGUAAAUGCAAAGACAUGUCACAAAGCAGUACAGAGCUGUCUAUGAUUGAGACUUUAAGUAAUGGAGACGCAUCAUUAUCUGAACUCCAGCAAGAAGAACGAGCCAGUAGUGAUGUUACAAGGGCGUUUGAUACUCUAGCAAAAGCAUUCAAUCCGGGAGAGAGUGCAGCAUGCCAGAACUCUGAAAGCAUCGAAGCCGGUGUACAGCUGAUUGGGGGAGAAACAAGCCUGAAUAUCAUUGAAAUCGAGGGGCCACUACUCAGUGAUGCACACGUAGCAUUCAGGCUCACCAUGCCUUCUCCUAUGCCUGAUUAUCUUAAUGUUCACUAUAUCUGCGAGUCUGCCUCCCGGUUGCUUUUCUUGUCCAUGCACUGGGCACGUUCCAUUCCAUCUUUCCAAGCCUUAGGACAGGAUAACAGCAUAUCAUUAGUAAAAGCCUGCUGGAACGAACUUUUCACGCUUGGUCUUGCACAGUGUUCACAAGUGAUGAACGUGGCAACUAUCCUAACUGCGUUUGUUAAUCACCUUCAUACCAGUUUGCAGCAAGAUAAGCUGCCAACAGAGCGAGGAAAACUAAUAAUGGAGCAUAUCUUCAAAUUGCAAGAGUUCUGUAACAGCAUGGUUAAGCUUUGCCUAGAUGGAUACGAAUAUGCAUAUUUGAAAGCAAUCGUCCUCUUCAGCCCUGAUCACCCAGGUCUAGAAAAUGUGGCACAGAUUGAGAAAUUUCAAGAAAAGGCUUACAUGGAGUUCCAAGACUAUGUAACAAAAGCGUAUCCGGAUGAUACUUACAGACUCUCUAGACUUCUUCUCCGAUUGCCUGCUCUUAGGCUGAUGAGUGCUGCCAUCACUGAAGAGCUGUUCUUUGCAGGACUCAUUGGAAAUGUUCAGAUUGAUAGCAUCAUCCCAUAUAUUCUGCGAAUGGAGACAGCGGACUACAACUCUCAGAUAAUUGGUCACGUCGUAUAAAAGUAGCCGUCAAGGAUUCUGUACCAUGGCAGUCAUGGUGGUGUAAAUGCAUACCCUGUCUCCAAGAGAUGGCAAUAAGCCUUCCCGCGCACCUUUCCAAAGAAGGCUAAUAUUCCUCCUUUCCAGUGCAUUUGGGAAACGUGGUGGAGUGUAUUAAGGAAUAUAGGAUCGCUUCCUAUUUUUCACCUGAUCUUCAAGGACUUGUAAAUUAACUCGAUACCUGAAGAAAGUCAAGAAUUGUCCAUCCUAUUUUUGUAGAUAGAUGAACUUGGAAUAUUUGUUUAUGAAGUACAGGCUUGUGAAGAAACUGAAGAAGCUUUGACUAAACUAAGGUAUCUCAACUUAGUUUGAUGUUUUAGACAAAUAAAUUAACUUUCCUCUCU